AUUCACUCCUUAUUGAGGAGCUGUAGGUCUUCUGAUAUGCGAAUCUUAUUUAGAUUUCUAGACCCGAGCUUGGUCUAGCUAUAUUCCCCUCCUAAACCGGCUCAUGUUCCUUCCUUCCUUCCUUCAAUGUAUAUGUCAUAUUUGAGUUAUAUCAAUGUUAAUUUCUCCUGUAAGAUGUGUUAUCCAACGAUAUUAUGUGCUUUCAUGAGGAUUUAAUUCCAUUGUAGUAAUGGAUUAUUAUCGUUGUUAGUUAGAAUCUGUUAAUAAAAUCAUGUACUGUGUGCUCUCUCACUCACUCUCACAUUGAUAAGGGCAGAAGGCAUGAGACGACGCCACGCCCUCGUUUUCCGAUGGGUACGGGCAACGGCUUCUCCCCUUUCCUCUACCUCAGCAAGGGUGGCCUGCGUCAAACGCCUGCCUCUUCGGCGUCACCUCCAAGGACGUCAUCAUCGACCUCGCCACCUGCCUCGUCCUCCCGAGCUUUGCUGGGACGUACAUGAAAAAGGAGGAGGAGAAGCAGAAGCUGCCCAUCCUCAUCUGCAUGCAUAGCGGCGGCUUCGUCAUCGGCUCGCCCUUCUCCUCCACCUACCACGACUUUGUCCACUCCCUCGUGGCCCGCGCCUGCGUGCUUGUCGUGACGGUGGACUACCGCCUCGCGCCCGAGCACCCGCUCCCCGCAGACGACGACGACUCCAUGGCGGCCCUCAGAUGGGUGGCCGCGCACGCCGGCGGGAACCCGGAGGCGGAUCUGCCUGGCGGGCGAUAGCCCGGAGCCAACAUGGCCCACGACAUACUGUGUUGCAGGCGGGCGCGGACGGCAUAGCCAGCGGCGCGAGCGUCGAGGGGCUGGUGCUCAUCCAUCCGUACUUCUGGGGCAAGGACGCAGUGGGCGGGGACGCGACGGAGCCAUGGCUUA